AUGUCGGGACCCUCUCCAGAUAUAGUUUCAAAUGUCGAGAACGUUCAUGAUGAAUGCUCUGAUCCAGAGAAAGGACUGCCAAGCUCAGAAAAAAAGCAUCAAUCAGGCCCAGAGACAGCUCAUGCUGCCGAAGGGGAAGAGUCGAUAACAUCCAAGAGAAAGCCAGUAGCUUUCUACUUUGCCUUUCUAUCCCUUGUUAUCAUGGUUCUGAUCGUUUCUUUGGACUCGACGGCUCUGGCUGUUGCGAUUCCGGUACUGACAAGCCAACUCAACGGCACCACACUCGAAGCAUUCUGGGCAAAUCUAUCAUUCAUGCUCUCCGUAGUCAUCACGCAACCUCUAUAUACCAGCGCCUCAGACGUCGUGGGCCGGAAACCGCUGCUAUACGCCGCAUUCUUCUUCUUCUUCGCGGGCUCCAUCGUCUUCGCCGUCGCUCAGAACAUGCAGGUCGUCAUCCUCGGCCGCGUGAUUCAAGGUCUAGGAGGCGGAGGUCUCGACGUGCUCAACGAGAUUAUCAUCUGCGACAUCACCACGUUAAAAGAACGCCCAUUCUGGCUGGGUCUCCUCGCGAUUCCCAUGGCUGCGGGAUGUAUCCUAGGACCCGUUAUCGGCGCGCUCUUCAGCGAGUUUGUCGACUGGCGCUGGAUCGGGUGGAUCAACCUCCCACUCGUGGCCAUCAGUGCUGCAUGUGCCGUCUUCUUCAUGAACCUCAAACCCAUCUCCGGCAGUUUCGUCUCGCGGCUCGCAAAGCUCGAUUGGCUCGGCAUGGCGCUGUUCGUAACUGGGUGCACCAUCUUCUCCUUGCCCUUGAGCUGGGCGGUGCACUUCGCCUUCGCAAUCUACGAGAAACGGCCUUCGGAUCCCGUCAUCCCAUAUAGGUUCCUGAACACGGCAUCGUCGUCUGCCGUUCUCCUCGGAGGACUCAUACACGGAUUGGUUCUCUACCCUUCGCUGCUCUACCUCCCCCUCUUCUUUCAAUCGGUGCUCCUGCAAACACCCCUCAAAUCCGCAGUUUCCAUCUUGCCCCUGUGUACCGUUCUUAUAGCUUUCAGCUUCUUCGCGGGUAUCAUUGUCGACCACACGAGGGGGUACCUGAAACUGCUAUGGGCCUCGUGGAUCACCAUGGCCGUAGGCACAGGACUCUACGCGUUAUGGGGCGAGCAUCCCUCGCUUGCCGCGACCGCGGGAUUCCAGGUCAUGGCUGCUAUAGGAUUGGGCGUGCAGUUCGUCGUCCCUGCUGUUGCUAUACAAGCCGGUGUUGCGCCAGAUGACCAGGGGUUAUCUGUUGGCUUGCUUGUUUCGUUUCGCUUGUUUGGCGCGUUGAUUGGGUUGGCGGCUGCAUCUACGGUGUUCAGUAAUGUCUUUGCAGCGUCCAUGGUGAAUGUGGGGGAGCUUCCUGAAGUUAUGUCUGUGCUUGAGCACUCGGCCGAGGCGGUUGGGUUCAUUCCGUUUUUGAGGGACGCCGUUGAAGACGUUGAUUCGUUGGUCAUGGGAGGUGUGAGGUUGGCGUACCGAGAUGCUUUCAGAGCUGUGUGGUGUUUGAUGGCUGGGUUCAGUACGUUGGGAUUGUUAUCCUCGCUGCUUGUGAAGGAAUUAUCUAUUGAGACUGAGGAAGUCGGAAGGCAGAAUUUGGAAGAAUAG